CAAAAAGUAACAAAGGUGGAAAACCCAAAACUAGAAUUAAAUCAGCCAUAUUUAAUUAAUUACAAUUGUAUGGUUUUUAGUAUUGAUGAAAAUGGAAAAGAAUUGACAGUUCGAAAAUUUCCUGAACCUCAGAAAAAUAACGAGAGAAGGUGCGAAUUAGAAUUUCAUGACAAUGAAUGUCAUAUCAAACUUGUUAGAGAUGGAGGAAUAGAAUAUUUUCAUUAUAUUGAUGAUAAAUGA